AUUUUUUUAAGGAUGCGAUUAAGAGCUCCUAAGGAUGCGAUUUGGGAAUUAAUCGCACUCCUUUGAACCAAUCAGAUUGCAGGAUUUGGUAGUGAUUACAAAAAGGAUAUGAUUAACGAAUUAAUCCGCUUCUUCAUGAACUGAUAAUGUGCAUUUGUUUCUUGUUAUUCCUAUGUAAUUAUAGGGCAUACAGUCGCACUUCGGUUGUCAGCGACGAAGUAGUUGCUUUUAGAUAUCCUUGGGAACUUCAAUUUUAGGGUUUAAAAGUUUUAUUUAAAAGAGAAAUAAUUUUUCUGUUAAAUCAAAAACCACUCCCUGUAAUAAUGGUUAGCAGGUGUGUUGCUUUUGUUUAUUAUUCGUGAAGGUUCAUUUCCGGUCAGAUUUUGAAAUUCAUUUUGUUACGAUUCGCAGGGUUUUGAGGUGGAACGAAACUAAUUCAGAGCGAAUUUUGGACAAUUUUAUUCUUGCUCCCUUCGCAAAACUGGGAGAGCGAGUCAAACCAACCGCUGAACUUAUGAAAGACCCAAACAAGCGUUUUUCGAGGCUUUUUCGCCGAAAAAACACUUCAAAACAGGUCUAGUUAUGUUUCGUUUGAGGAGGACCAGAGCAGGAUAAGUCGUACAAGGUCUGCUUAAAGUUGAAAUAACUUUGUUCAUUUGCAACUGACAAUUAUGCAAAAAAACCUCGGUCUCCUGACAUUGGUAUAAAAUGAACGAACAAAGAAAUAAGAAAAAGAAAAAGAAGAAAAAGAUAAAGGAUACUUCAUCAAACUCUGAAGUCCAGUAUAAUAGUCCAAAUAAUUCGGACAAAGUUUUUCAACCCAUUAUUCUUGCAAGAUUUUGUACAUCAUUUGGUGAAUAUCUCGAUCAUGACCUCACCAGGGAACAAUUGAUUUUUCUUUACAAAGAGUGUACAGAGAUUGCUUUUUAUAAUAACGACAUCCAUCUGAAAAUACUGCUAAUAGAAUUUUCGUUUUCUAAGAAGUUUCCUUUUGACUCUCGUUUAAAAGAAUUUUAUGGCUAUUUUUCAAAGAACGGAAACGGUUUGGAGAAUAGAAUUCUUUAUCACAAGAAAUGCAUUGACGUCGCCAAUGCAACGAGAAACAAGAAGGAAGAGAUGGGAGCAUACUUUAGCUUAGGAUUACUAAAUGAACAGUUAAAUCAGUACUAUGACGUUAUUAUUUACAACAAGAAAUGUCUUGCCAUUGCAAGGGAAAUUGGUAACAAAAGAGUUGCAAUGUCAUCGUGUCUAUUACUUGCAAGGACAUGUCGUGAAUUAAAACUGGAAAGUGAAGCUAUUGCUUACUGUAAGAGCUGUAUAAGCAUCGCGAAAGAAAUCGAUAAAAAAGCUGUUGAGAUGACAGCAUGUUUUAUCGUUGGAAAGUUAUUUUUCUCUCAAAGCAACUAUAAGGAAGCUCUUGCGUACAGCAAAAGAAGCCUUGAGAAUACAAAAGCAAUAGGUGAUAAACGAUAUGAAUCGAUGGUUUAUUUGUUAAUUCAGGACUGUCAGUACCAUAUGAAUGAAUACAAGGAUGCGGUUGUCACUGGUCAAAAGGCUAUAGCCGCUGCAAAGGACAUUGGAGAUAAACUUGGUGAAAAGGUUGCGUAUGCACUUCUCGGAAAGACAUACGAAUUGUUAAACCAGCAUGAGGAUGCUGUAGAUUGUACAACAAAGAGUCUAGAGCUUGAAAUCGAAAGUGGAGACAAGAUCUCGGCAAUGACAGAAUAUUAUUCACUUGGUAAGAUCUACCACUCACUUGGUCAUCAUGACAGCGCUAUUGCGUGUGCAAUGAAAUACAUUGACAUAGCAGAAGAAACUGGAGAGAAUAGAAGUAAAAGUCAUGCAUACCUUUUACUUGGAGACAUUUACAAUUCGUUGAACAAAUUUGACGAGGCUGUUAUGUACCUUAAGAAAUGCCUCAGCAAUUCAGAAACUGUGCCAGUAGAAGAAAAGUUAGAUUUUCAAGCACAUUUUUUACUUGGCAAGGUGCAUGUGUCAAAGAAUCAGUUUGAUACAGCUAUUAUCCAUUUAACAAAGGCCCUUGAAUUUGCAAGAUAUAAUACGAAAGAGGAGAUAGCAUACGUGUAUAUGGCACUUGGAGAUAGUUAUCUACAACUUCAACAACACGAUAAAGCUCGCGAGUAUCUUCGAAAGUGUCUCGAUAUUGCAAAUAGAUCUGGUAACAGACGUGCUGAAGGCGACGCGUAUAUGUUGCUGGGGAAGACCUAUGAUUCACUGCGUAAAGAGAGUGAUGCUAUCUUACAUUUUAAAAAAGGCAUUGAAAUUUUGAGAGAAAAUGGUUUAGUGCAGCAUGAAAUGCAAGGCCAUUUGUUAUUGGGGAAGAUGUACAGGUCUAGUAAGAAUUACAAUGAAGCCAUAGAGUCCUUGAAAAAGGCUAUCGUUAUUGCAUUGAGAACCGGAGACAAGAACAUGCAAAAGGAUGUGUAUUAUGAAAUCGGGAAUAUCUAUGAAUUUAUGAAUCAAUACGACAGAGCUAUCCGUUAUGGUAAGAAGUACAUGGAAGUUGCAAAGGAAAUUGGAAAUGAAGAUGACGUGAUGGAGGCGUACUUGGCGCUAGGAGUGGCCUAUCUAGGUUUAGAUAAUUAUGAAGAUACAUUUUUCAAUCUAAAAGAAGGUUUGAAAAUAGCUACAGAAAGGGAAAACACGAGUAAAGCAGAAACAUUCAACAGUUUCUUAAACAACCUUCACCUGCGCGUAGAAGCUAUCGGGCAAGCAACCAAUUUUGCUGGAUUUAUUUCCUGUGGGCACCUAUGUUUGGAAUUUCUUAAAGAGAGCAGUGAUGGACAAGAUGAAAAAUGCAACGAGUUUAGAGAAAAAUUAAUAUGCCACAGAUUAAACGGGGAAUACGAACAAGCGAAGGUUUGUCUCAAACGGCAAUUGGACUUGUUUGAGCGAUGUGGUCACUAUCAUGGUACAGACAAAGUGUACUGUUUACUCGAGAUUGCAGAUAUACACGAUACAUUAGGUCAAUACGAAAACAGCUUACAGUGUUAUCAAGAAUCUCUGGCUAUUGCAAGUCACGUUGGUGCAAAACACCUACAAGCUAUCAGUUAUUCUAGACAAGGUCGUACCUAUCUAAAACUCAAGAUGAUGAAAGAAGCUGAAAACUCAUUCAGGGAAGCAAUACGAUAUUUUGAAACCAUGUUUGAUGCCCUUGGUGGCGAAGAUUUCAAGCUAUCACUUCUUGAUGCUUACGUUAUGUGUUACAAGUUUUUGGCCAAUGUUUUUUUCCAUACUAAGCAAAUAAAAGACGCCCUCGUCGUGUCAGAUCGAGGACGAGCUCGAUUGUUGAACGGCUUACUACAAAAAUGUGGAAUGAAUGGAGAAAUAAAUGAUGUCUUGGAGUAUAAGGAUAUUGAAUCACUCCUUUCUCAAUACAAAUGCUCAACUCUUUUCUACAUUGAUAUUUACCCGAUGGUUUAUAUUUUCAUUAUUGAAAAUGACAGAGAAUUGCAAUUUUCUAUGAAGCGCUUUGGAUGCACGUGCCAAUGUGCAGAUACAGUAACUUUUGAAAUGCUUAUUGAUAAAGCCUUGAAUGAGAUCGAAAUUUGGGAUCAUGUCGUCGACAACUGCGAAAAUAGAUCCCUGGACAAGCCGCCGUAUGAAGUUGCUGUACGCCAUUCUGAAGAGAUAAUAAGUCUGACUGAAGAAUUCGAAAAGUCUCAUUUCUCAGGAAAAAAACGAUCUCCAGACGAUGAAAAACCUCAGAAAAGCGAAGAAAACAUUGAGGGAAGUGCUUUGGAAUGGUUACAUAAUUCACUACUAAGCUACGAUGCAAUACACUCUUUCAAGCAAGAUGGUAGGCAUGCUAUCACUAAACAUAUAAAAUACUUUGGACAGGAAGAAGAAAUUUUGAUUAUUCCUGAUGGUCCCUUAUACAAAGUACCAUUUGCUGCCCUGCGCGACCCAGAUACUGGUCGGUAUCUUUCAGAAGACAAACGUAUCAGACUUAUUCCUUCAUUAGCAACUUUAAAGGCAUUGCAAGGACGUACAGAAGAUUAUUAUUCCAAGAAUGGCGCCGUAAUCGUUGGAAAUCCUCUUGUUGGUAAAGUCAUGUUCGAUGGGGAAGAGACAGAGUUCGAUCCUUUGGAUAAUGCGUUUGCUGAAGUGAUCGCAGUAGGCAAUGUAUGCAAGGCGACGCCUUUGACAGGAGAGAAGGCAACGAAACAAGCUGUCAUCCAGAGACUAAAUGAAGGAGUAGCUGUCGUUCAUAUCGCUGCACACGGCAGUCUCAGUAAAGGUACGAUAGCACUUGCACCUUCUCCUGAGGUAAGAGCAACAAAGAUCCCAGAUGAAGAAGAUUACAUGCUGACSAUGGCUGAAGUACAGCAGGCUCAAGUACGUGCACAGUUAGUUGUGUUAAGCUGCUGUCACAGUGGACGUGGUGAAAUCAGAGCUGAAGGAGUAGUURGCAUGUGUCGAGCCUUUCUAGCGUCAGGUGCUCGUGCAGUGGUAGCGUCUCUGUGGGCCAUCGAUGACGAUGCAACAUUCGAGUUCAUGUUUAAAUUCUAUACUCGCUUAAUGGACGGAAAGAGUGCGAGUGCAAGUUUACAUCAAGCGAUGAAUGAAAUCAGGAMCUCUUCCGGCUACAGCGCUCCAAAGUACUGGGCACCAUUCUUUCUCAUGGGUGAAGAUGUCACAAUCAAAUGUUAAAGAAUACUGAAAGCAAGGCAUAAUGAUCACAUUUUCAAAACUUAUUUCUUGCAUGAUUACCCUUACCACACUAGGAAGCCCAAGCAUUGUACUAGUACCGCAUUACAAAGGAAUGUAUGUGGAAUUGUAUAUCGUAAGAAUAUCUAUAAUAAUUUUACUAGUAUUGGUAGGCCCGUAUAAAGACUAAAACUCGUCGGAUUGGCUCCGCGACAUUAGCUAAUGAACCUCCAAUUAUCAUAUCUUAGUCAACUUAGUGUACAACAAUGUGCAACUGUUAUUGAAAUAGCUUGUGGAAUGAGAAACAGCUACAAGACUUAGAUGAGGGGGGGUUUGGAUUUUGAAACUAACCCGAACAGAUUACAAAGUUUGGUCGUCGUAAUCAUGUUUACAACAACAACAACAAUACAAUUUUAUUUGGCACCUUA